AUUUCCGGAACACUUCCUUGGCUUACAUAAAAACUCCUCCAAACCCAACCUCCCAACAUACGUGCAAACCUUAUUGAUUUGCUUCCAUGCCUCUUCAUACUCAUCUGACCGAGAAUUGGCCCUAAAACCCCUUUUAAACCCACUCCCCAGUCUCUUCACUAUCUAAAUUUUCAAUACAAAUUCCUUUUUCUAUAUAUCUGUUAUUUAAUCUCCCUCUAAUACUGUCACUGUGUCACACGCCCUGCAAUUCUCCGCAAAUCACAAUAAUGUCUAACUCCGGGGGCUUUGCCGUGACGCGGACUCACGGCUCUGACCGCUUCUACAACCCUCCGGCUGUUCGGAGAAACCAGCAGUUGGUACUGCAACAGCAGCAGCAGCUGCAAAGACCGUUGAAGUCCCCUGCCCGAGUCGACACGGUCGAAGCGGAGACGCGCACCGACUCCGACGAGUCGUCAUUGUCGAGGCCCAACUCGGUCUCCUCUUCUUCGCCACCGAGAACUGCUAAUUUGACUAAUUUGGAUCGCCUCAUGGAAUCAGUCACCCCCCUGGUUCCGGUUCAGUUCUUAUCCGAGCCGAAGAAGAGGGGAUGGAGGACAACUGAAGCUGACGGGAAUCUAUACUUUUUACUUGGAGAUCUCUGGGAAUCUUUUAGAGAAUGGAGCGCUUAUGGAGUAGAAGUGCCGCUUUUGCUGAAUGGGAGUGAUUCUGUUAAGCAGUAUUAUAUCCCAUAUCUGUCAGGCAUUCAAUUAUAUGUUGAACCACAUAGGCCAAGGAGGCCUGGUGAGGACAGUGAUGCUGAGUCUUCAAGGGAGACAAGCAGCGCUGGUAGCAGUGAUUGUGAAACAGAAAAGCGAGGCAGAGGGAGUAUUGAUGGUCCAUUGAUGCAGCACAACCGGAUAAAUGUUAAUUCUCAGAGGCUGAGCAGACUAAGUUUGAGAGAUAGACCGCCAUUGAGUUCUUCAAGCGAUGAAACUGAGGUCUGCAUCUAUCCAGGGCAGCUUGUAUUUGAAUAUUUUGAACGAGAACAACCACAUUUUCGUCCACCUGUUUAUGACAAGGUUACUAGUCUUGCCUCCCACUUUCCAGAUCUAAAGAAGUACAGAAGCUGUGAUCUAUUGCCUUCAAGUUGGUUUUCAGUGGCUUGGUAUCCAAUUUAUAGAAUACCUGUUGGCUCAACGCUAAGAAGUUUGGAUGCAUCGUUCUUAACCUUCCAUUCCUUAUCAACUCUUUCAAGAAGCAAAUUUCAACCACAAUUUAAUGCUUCUGGUGCCAAGAAGAUCCGUGGUGUUGGUGCAAAGGUUUCUCUUCCGGUUUUUGCCCUUGCUUCCUAUAAGUUGAGAGGUUCAAUUUUCACUCCUGACGGAGGCUCUGAGUGGCAGCAAGCGAACUCUUUGUCACAGGCUGCUGACAAUUGGCUGCAGCGGUUGCAGGUUAAACUUCCUGAUUUCCAGUACUUUAUAAGCCAUAGCUCGCAAUGGAGAUGAUAAGGGAAGCUUUGAGUUCAAAAGUUCUUCCGCAUUUUAGAGAAACCCGCAUUGGUGUUGGACGGAAUAUGUUGAAAACUUACUCUCUUACUAACCAUCUUAAUUCAGCCUCUUGUUAUAAUUAUGGUAGUUUUCUUGAUAAAAAUUGCAGUUCACGACACAGGAUGGAACGAGUUGCCAGCAGUGGUUGGAAUUUAAAGUCAUUUGAUUUUCCGACCAUAUUAUAUUGGAGCCUACGAAAUCCAUGAAAGGCUCGUAGCAAUACAAAUCUGUAAUUCUAUUUGCUUAAUGAUUCAGGCAUGAUACAACUACUACUAUAGGCACAUUGAUAUUUUAUAAGGCCCCUCUUUUUAAGUCUGCCUGGGGCAGUUCAAACAUACACAGCCCUGGUAUAAGGAGUAUAUGACUGUACUACUCAUUGUUCUGUGAUUUAUUUACAUUGACAAGAAUUAAGAGAGACUUUCUUGA